AUGGAUAGUUGGGCAAUAGAUGAGCUUGCGAGGCCCCUCGCUGUAGCUUUUGCAACAGUUGUUGUCAUUGUUGCCGUUUUAGUUGAAGAGUUGCACUUACCUAGGACAUCAAGGUGUCCCAUUCCUUCAUUGUUCAGGGACCUAACUAGAAAGAGGCAUAUGAACCGUAUAUUACGAGGUGGGCGAGACUAUUGUGUUAGUUACCUUAGGAUGGACGUAGGCCCUUUCAUGCACUUGGCUUCUGUUAUGCAUGACACACACCUCCUUGUCGAUACGAGACAUGUCUCAGUUGAGGAACAACUUGAAAUAUUCUUACACAUUGUCGGUCACAACACCAAGAAUAGGACCAUGCGAAUAGAGUUUCUUCGCUCCGGUGAAACAAUUAGCAUGUACUUUAAUAAUUUCCUACGCGCAGUGUGCGCAUUGCGCAAUGAUUAUGUUCAACCCCCUAAUGGCACUUGUCACCCCGAGAUUGAAACCAACCCUAAUUGGGAUCGGAAAGGCCUAACCCAAAAUGUACUUGCCAUUGUGAAUCUUGAUCUUAGAUUCACAUAUGUGCUAGCCGGAUGGGAAGGAUCCGCGAACGAUUUCACUGUCCUUAGGGAUGCACUAUCGCAACCACAGCCCAAGGGGAAGUACUACUUUGUAGAUGCGGGAUAUACAACUAUGAAUGGUUUUAUAGCCCCAUAUCGAGGGGUUAGAUACCAUCUCAAAGAACACAAUGGACGGGUGCAAGUAAAUCACAAGGAAUUAUUCAAUCUUAGGCACUCUAUGUUAAGGUCGAGAGUUGAGCGAGCAUUUGCUAUUCUCAAGAAUCGAUUCAAAAUCCUUACAUCUCAUCCCUUUUUCCCGUACAAGACCCAAGUCCUCUUAGUCAUUACAUGUUGCAUCAUCCACAACUAUAUCGCGGGAAUCGAUCCAAAUGACCAGAUUUUACAUGAUAGAAACAUGCAAGAAGAGCAUCUUGUUCUAUCGCAAUCUCGCUCACAACGAGAGCAACGCGAGGAAAACAGGCAAUGGGUGGAACUUAGGGAUACCAUUGCCAUUGAGAUGUGGCGUCAAUAUAGUUCUCCUACUUGA